AUGGCAUUGAACAUGGGAAUGCUUGCAUCUUAUGAUCAAAGUGUUGAGUUCUUCAAGGAUACCGUUGGUCUAGGUGAAAUGCCUACUGUGGUUGGUGCUAGUAGUGUAUCUGGAUUUUUCGCAGCAGCUUGCAGUUUGCCAUUCGAUUACGUGAAGACUCAGAUUCAGAAGAUGCAACCUGAUGCUGAAGGAAAAUAUCCUUACACAGGCUCUCUUGACUGUGCUGUCAAAACCUUCAAAGCAGGAGGACCCUUCAAAUUUUACACUGGAUUCCCUGUUUAUUGUGUCAGGAUCGCUCCUCAUGUCAUGAUGACAUGGAUCUUCCUCAACCAGCUUCAGAAACUCGAGAAAAGUUAUGGAUUGUAG